CGCAUCCAACUUUUGGACCUCCUCUCACAUAUUAAUGAAACAUUUUUUUUUGCACAGCGAAGUUGAGACACUUUGAGCAUGUUUGACCUGAAGAAGAGGAAUAGUUUGACGCUGAACACCAGCAGCCGCGGCGUGGAGGAAUUCAGACGCGUGGCGGUCCGACGCAAGGCGAAAAGCGAUGCCCCGGAUUGUCACACAGGAGCUAUGCUAACGUGUAGCGCUCAUUCAGAGGUGAGCAGUGGCGUGUACAGCUGCGGAGGUUCUUGCAACAACGCUUGCGGAUCGGCGGACAAUUCCAGACACCAAGAUGGAAUGAGCCCGUCCAAGAGAACUCCCUUCAAACCACAAGUACCUCCAAAACCAGCGCACCUCCAGACUCCGAUGAGGACCGGACCAUCCCCGCAGCCUUUGAAUGAAAACAAGACUCCAAUCCAAGUGACUUGCUAUCACGUGUCCCCAAGUCCUAGCAAAGCCGGACCGAGUUUUCUGAGUGAGCCGCGGACAAGCCCUACCAGGUUGUCCCCUUCUCAAAAGAUCCCCAAAUUCGCGACCAGUCCGGCGUUUGGGUCCCCGAGUCCGGGCAAGAGAGGCAUCCACAACUGCAGCCCGUUUAAGGAGGGAAGCCACAGUCCGGCUAAGUUGAACCCGAGAAACCGAAGCCCUCUCAUGGGACUACUAAAGACCCCUAGCCCCGUUCAGGGAAUGAUGGGCAGCUACACCCCUGCGAGUAACUCGAAAUCCUGGCUGGGGUUGAACAGAAUCCCAAGCGUGAAGAAUGACGGACAAGAGAAGAGCACGGGAAAGUCUUUGAGUGUGCCCAACCUCAUUGUGUACUUGGAUGAAAGAACUCCAUCAGAACGUUCUCCUUCAAGUGAUAGACCCGCUAUCACCAUCAAUCGCACCGACGACCAAGUCAUUCCAAACCGACAACCCGACCAUACCGAAAAAGGCGCCAAGAUCAAGGUGGGAUCAAAGUUCUCCUGCAAAUGGACUGAAGGCACUCGUGAAGACCAACAGUGUGAAGAGAGCGUUGAGAAGAAGACAGAGGAGCUUAAGGAGGACAACACGGAGCAGAAGCUGUUCAAUAUUGUCAGGGAACUGCUUCACACGGAGAGAGCCUACGUGGCUCGCCUUCACCUCCUGGACCAGGUUUUCUGUCUUCGAUUGACCGACGAAGCCGGACGAGGCUCCUUUCCGGCUGACGUGGUGCGAAACAUCUUCUCCAACAUCUCGUCCAUCUACUCCUUCCACAGUCAUUUCCUGCUGCCCGACCUGGAAGACUGCAUCGGACGCUGGCACCAGCGUCCCGGUUUGGGGAACGUCCUCUUGCAGCACGCCCCCUUCCUGAGGAUGUACGCCGAUUACGUCAGGAACUUCGACCAGGCCAUGGAGUUGGUGAGAAUAUGGACUGAGCGCUCGUCAGCGUUCCGGAAUAUCAUCCAAGACAUCCAGAGUCAGGAAGUGUGCGGCAAUCUCACGCUGGAGCAUCACAUGUUGGAACCGGUUCAGAGAAUCCCUCGCUAUGAGAUGAUGCUCAGGGAUUACGUCAAUAACGUACCCCCGAGUAACCCGGACUACGAGUUUGCUCAGAAAUCCCUGCAGACAAUUUCCAUGGCUGCCAAUCACUCAAACAGCGCCAUCCAAAAAGCAGAGAGCAUCAAGAGGUUGCUGGAGAUCUACGAGAUGGUCGGCGAGGAGGAAGUGGUGAACCCCACCAACGAGUUCCUCAGAGAAGGCCGUUUGCUCAAGCUCGCCGCCAGAAACAUGUCGGCCAUGGAGCGCCAUCUCUUUCUGUUCAACAACUUCCUCCUGUGCUGCACGCCAAAGUUUAGCCUGGCGGGCCAACGCUUCACCGUACGCUGCCGUAUAGGAGUGGACGGCAUGCAGGUUCAGCGGACCAUCAAUGAGGACCACCCGAACACCUUCCAGGUGUCGGGAAAGGAGAAAACCCUGGAACUACAAGCCACCUCGGAACAGGACCGAGAUGAGUGGAUAAAGGUGAUCCAGGACGCCAUCGACGUGUUCCAGAAGAAAAACGAGACAUUCAAGUUGGCGUCAAAGGAGCUGAUUGUGGAGGAACCGGAGGAGGAGCUCGGGCGGCGCGCCCCUCGCUGGAUCCGCGACAACGAGGUGACGGUGUGCAUGAAGUGCCGGGAGCCCUUCAACGCGCUGACCAGACGCCGACAUCACUGCCGGGCUUGCGGCUGCGUGGUGUGCUGGAAGUGCUCCGACAACAAGGUGGCGCUGGCGUAUGACGGCAACAAGAUGAACAAAGUGUGCAAGUCCUGCUACGCCGUUCUGACGGGACAGAGAGGAGGGAGGGGGGGGGAGCACGAAGAAGCCGACCGCGGAGUCAGAGACUUUUCCAGCGUCCUGCGUAAUAAGCGGCUUUCUGCAAUAUGGUGACAAUCCCAAAACGUGGCAGCGGGUAUUUGCUGUCAUCACCAAAACGGAACCCCUGGUGCUCUCUUUGUAUGCUGCUCAACAGGAUGUGAAGCCUCUCUCCUGUAUUCCUCUCCUGGGCUGCAUAGUAGAAGAUCCCCCUCAGGAACUUCAAGGACAAUCCUGCUUUAAUUUAAGACAAUCCAAAAGCUGCCACACGUUCACCUGCGACGACGCAGAUGUCAAA